GAAAAACCAACACAUCAGGCAACUGGCCAACCAAAUGGUUCUCCUAUGGAUAUUACAAUUAAAACUGAACCUGUUGAAGAGGGCCAUAUGUAUGACUAUAACAUAAUGUCAAAGCAUUGCCAGAAUCCAGAAUGGGAGCCUAGAAAAAGCUCCAGUUAUCAUUCUCAUGAAAACAUCAAACAAGAACCAUUGUCCCCAGAGGCUCCCACCAGAGAUGGUCUUCUCUGCCAUCUCCUAAAAAAACGACCCAACAAAACCCUUCAGCCAAACAAAGUAGAAAACCUAAACAAGAGUUGUGUCAAAGAAGCAUCAGUUGAAACCCAGGGACCAACAAUCCCGAAGAAGCGGAAAUUUUCAAUAGAACUAGAAUAUCAUAACUCCUCGACUCAGCAUACCAGGGAUUUGGAACAUUCUGGUAGCAUGAAAGAAGACAACAGUGGUUGUUUUGCCGCCAGAGAUCUAGAGACAAGAGAGACCAGAGACCCAUCAAGCCCCCCAGAGGCUGACUGUCCACCAGCUAGGUUUCCACCAUAUGAUUCUAACGAAAACCGAAGUUUCAAUGUUCUAAAGCAGCUGCUUCUUUCAGACAACUGCUUGAAGGAAUUGUCUCAGCCAAGGGGUACAUUCAGUUCACCGUCACAUACUGUGCUGAAUGGGAAUACAAUCAAGCACUCAUGUAAUGAAGGUGAAAUUCAAAACUUUCACCAGAGCCUGAGUCCCAGCAAUCCAUCUUCUAAAAAAGCAAGCAGUCACAGGCAAGAAACUCCCCAUGUUACACAGCAGGAGCCUGCAAGGUCAAAAAUCGAUUACAGCACCACAAAGGAUUUGAAGGGCCCUGCAAAGAUGGUUAAUGGAGAUGAUCAAACACACAAGUAUGGGCCAGACUCACCUCGGUUUACCAAGACUAACCCUAUUUUGUACUAUAUGCUCCAGAGGAGCAAUGCACAACUGACUAAAGAGGUGGAGGGCUUGGAAGUAGGCUCGGGUCAAAUACAGACAAAGGUCAAAAACGAGUCAUCAGGUGAUACUGAGGCCUUUGAACUUUGAAACAAAAUUCACAGAAUUACAAUGGAACACUUAGUUGUGACUCAACACGGCUAAACGGGUCAUUGAAGAAAUACUAGUUUUGAGACUGUGAACCAGCAUCUGUGCUUGAACUAGAAAUGUGCUUCUUUUUAUUCUCUCUGCUUCUUAUCUACUUUUGUUUUUAUUGAGACAUCUCACAUUUUUCACUUGAAUUACGUGUAAUUUAGUUCACAAAAAGACCAUAAAACCAAAGUUCAUUUGAAUAUUUAUAAGCACUACUUUCUGGCUGAUUUCUUUCCUACGUUCUAAGCCGCAAAGAAAAUAAAAGUUUUCUACAAAAGGUGUGUGACAGAUUUGCCCUCAUGUAUUUGUAACAAUAUCAGUUCCCACUCUGUUUUCCACACAUGGGUUGACUUUUGGCCUCAGGCAGUGAGUUAUGAUGCACCGAUGCACAUGAUAAUCUGUAUAAACAGAUUGUGCCUCAGCAGUUGUUAGUGAAUAUUCUUCAAUUUACCAUGCUGAAAUGAAGAAAUAACUAAGUAUUGUUACUUUGUCUAUGCCAGAAAGGCAUUAAAUGUCACAGUAUUUAUACAUUCAAAUAAAUGAAACCGGUUGCCUUUUUAAAAAGAUUGGCAUCUCUCAUUGGUUCUGUAUUGUUUGGAUAAACUAACAGCAACGUUAAAGCUGUAUAUUCAUUAUCAUGUUUGGAUAAUAUGGAAUAUGAAUCCAUCAGUAUUACAACAUGAUAUCUUGAAAUCUAUGGUAUGUAAAGUGUGUAUACUUUUAUGUUAUCAGUGUCCUCUUUAAUUUCUCUCUCUCCCAUUGAAAACAAUAUUGUGAUGUGCUUUAUUCUUUAUUCUGCGUUCUCAGCAAUUACCUGUGUCAAGACAGAAAUGGAUUUUUACAAUACUCUAGAAGAUGAUGAAUGAAUAUCACAAGAGUUACUACAAAUGUUUUGUAUUUGUGUAUUUUAUGAACAGGUCUUGGUAUUAGCAUGUCAUAAGAUGAUUGUUCUAUUAUGCAAGAGAUUGUUGCAUCGACUUGAGACAAAUCAGCCCAAUCUCAGCUGUCUGUCAUGCUAAUGGACACAUUGAUCUAAUAAAGGGAGUGUUUGUGGUAUUAAGGCCAUUCCCACAAAAAUAUUGUGAUGUUUUACAGUCUUACGUUUGACAUAUGUUGUAUUUCAUCAAUCUUAAAGACUCGUUAUAAACUAUAUUUAUGUACAUAGCAUAAUCUUUAUGAAAGACAGCUAUUUUGUAUGAAUGAAAAGCAUUUUAGUUUUGAAAUUUCUU